AUGGCAAGAAACACUUCUUCUUCUACUACUGGUCCUCAAUGGAACCACGACGUGUUCGUGGGGAUUGGCCACUUCGGAGAGGAAAACAUAGAGGGCGCUGAGAAGAUCGAGGACAACUGCCCCAAUGCACUCCACGAGCCGACGUUCGCCUUUGCCCUCGUCGUGUUAUCCAAGAACUAUGUCGAUUCCUACCCGUGCCGGUUACAGCUGGUCAAGAUCCUCGACUGCAAAAGGGUCCACAACCUCGAGGUCAUUCCCAUCUUUUACAUGGAAAGAGAAAAGGUUUUAAAUUUGGCGCGUUGUGACGAAUUAGAACCAGGUCACAGGAAGGCCCUAGAAGAGGCUGAGGAGAUGCCGGGUUGCGACUUGAAAGCCGCCAAUGGGUACGUACCUGUGAUUCUUACUUAA